AUGUCUACACAGAAUUGUUUGAAAUUUAAUAAUAGUAAUAAUAAUAACCCACCUGUUUAUCCAAUGUUUAAUUUACAAAAUCUUGACAGUAAUCGUUGGUUCACAUCACCGUUAUCUUCAGUUACAGCAACAUCACCGCCGACAGUUGGACUACCAACGUCUAUGACUACUAGUAAUAAUCCUGUUCAUUCUACUUUAAACAAUAGUAAUAACCGAUUCGCAACAAUCGAUGAUAGUCAGUUGAUUGUAGGCAAUAAUAUGAAUAAUAAUAACAAUAAUAUUUUAUCAUCAAAUCAAAAUCCACAAUAUCGUCGAUGCUUAGAAACAUUGAAAUUACGUCAAACUAGAUUGGCUGUUGCAUUGAUUCGUGUCUCAAAAUCACAUAUUCAUCGAUUAGAUCAAAUUGUACAAAUUUGUAAUCAAAAUAUUCAUUCAGCUGUUAGUUUAUUAGCUAUUUCUCAACAGGUAUUUGCAGAAGCAGUUGGUUGGAAAUUAAGAUCACCAGUUAAUCGUAAACCUAAUAAUACCAAUUUAUUGGAAUCUGCUUAUAGUGAAUGUGGUUGCUUGUUAAAUUCUAAUCCUCCACCUGGUUUAUUGUUACCGACUGCAACUAAUCCAACAAUUGAAUCAUUUUACACACGUGAUCGUAUAUUUCUUAUUAGCACUGCAUUUCAUUUAGCUUUAAUAGUUGUUCUACGUACACUUAGCCGAUCAGUACACUGGCGUCGACGUGAAAUGUUAGCAUGGGCAGUUACAACUGCUUUACAUGUUGGUCCACCUGCUUGUUUAUACUUAAUUUAUCAUUGGUCAUCUUACGUAAAUCCAAGAGAGGCUGUUAGUUGGCUUGCUCCAGCUUUACUUACAGCUGUCGGUACAUUAGAUGUAAACACAUCAACUAAUGUUACUCCACGUAUGUCAAAAUCUUUGUCAACCAAUAAACUUUGUCCUACUGAUCAAUCAAAUCCGUCUACUAUAGACAAUCCAAUGUGUUUUGAUCAUUCUUCACUAUUCUUCAGUCUUUCUAAUUGGGAUGAUGAUUCUUUAAAUGGUGGUUGUGCCAGUAGUGGUUUAAUGAUGAAUAUGAAUCCUACACCUGAUACAAAUUAUUCAAUAUGCCCAACAUGGUAUUCAUUUUGUCCAACUUCAUUUACUUCAAGAAGUCAUAGUCAUUCGAUUAUUAUGGCGGCUCAACUACUUAACACUGCUGUGCCUUACUCAAAAGCAUCACGUGAACAAAUUACCAAUGCUGUACGACAUAUGGCAUUGCAAGUAAGUUAA